AUGGUGGACUUGAACGCCAAUAAAGUUGUAAGAAAAGGAGACAGCAUACUUGUAUAUUUGAAUCAGCCGGAGGACUUCAUAUAUGACAUAGAUGGCAUAGCAAUUGAAUACAAUGAAUCGAAGAAAAGCGUAGAAGUGAUUAAUGAUCUGAUACCGGAGUUCAUUAAGGACAACAUGAAGAAGUUCUUUAGAGGGGAUAUAAAGAGAUACAUAGAGUUUUUAGAAAGAAAUCUGGAGACAUUUUUCAAGGGUGAGGUUCCGGAGAUAGAAGGGGAAGGAAAGGCAAAAAGGCCUUUUGAGCUGCCAGGGGACUAUAAGUUUCCCAUUAAUAGAAGAGUACAGAUGAAUGUGGCUAUGGAGGUGGAAAAAAGAUACGCUUCUGUAGUUUCUUGCGAAUGCCUUAACUUGCAAGUUGAGUGUAACAGGUGCAAAAGAAGUCUGAAUAUGCCGGGGACAGCGGAGUGCCCUGGAUGCAAGUGCAGGCUGGAAAUAAACUACAUCCCCUGUGUAGACUCAGAAUUCUUGGGGUUUCUAAGUCUCCAUGGCUGCAAGUUGAUCUGCUUCAACCCUUCUAGGUACCAGCUUUCUUGUGACAGUUGCCAUAUGAACUACGAGACAAGUGAGAUGGGUAUAGGCGACACCUUUCGUAUAAAGUGCUAUGAGUGCUUGUCAAACAUCGUUCUGAAGAUAUCCAGCAUAAAUCUUAUACAAAAGAAGAAGGAAACACUGAAACCAGGGCAGCCACUGCCUGACAAGGGUGCAUGCAAGCAUUAUAAAAAGUCGUACAGAUGGUUCAGAUUUCCUUGCUGCAACUCUCUCUACCCUUGUGAUAUAUGCCAUGACGAAGAGAGCGGGCAUGUACAUCAGAUGGCUAACAAGAUGGUUUGUGGAAUGUGCUCAAAAGAGCAGGGUGUUAGCAAGACAUGCGAUUGCGGGAUGAGCCUGAAGAGAUCUACCUCGUUUUGGGAGGGCGGAAAAGGUAGCAGGAAUAAGGCAACGAUGAGCAGAAAAGACAGAAAAAAGUAUACUAAAUAA